CUCACUCAUGUGUGGACAUUCAUUCCAACAGCAGUGUGCAUCUCACGUGCAGCUUCCAGAUAUGCCGCUCACCCAAACACAGGAGCAGAAUUACGCACGGCGAUGUGACAUUGGGGGAGCGACUCCACUCUUGGAAUCUUCUCAUAUUUGUGACACAUAGUCGCUGCGCGGUGGUUGCGUGGGAACUAUGCGGACUUGUGAUGAAGGGUUUACUGCUUGAGGAGAAGCUUUUGUGCAGGCACUGUGUCUUUCGUGGGGGCGCUCCGUCUGCAUGCACUGACCAGGAGCAUUACGCGCGACGCGUAUCCAUUCCUCCGUGGAAGGCAGCGCCGCGCACCCGGUCUUAGAUGUUUUUGUAAAGACAACGGGUGCAAAACGCCAAACAUGAUACGAAAGGACACUUUGGAGCCAGCAUGGAUUUAGCCCAGUCAAAUGUGUUGGUGGAGAACGUCUCCAAAGAUGAGAACAACACGGACGCACCGCUCGCUCUGCCUCACACACAGGCGGCCACUGCGCUCAUAAUCCUGGUGGUGACUGUGAUCAUUUCGGUGACCAUUGUCGGUAAUGUGUUGGUGAUUGUGGCGGUGUUGACCAGCCGGGCACUCCGUGCGCCCCAGAAUCUUUUCCUGGUCUCUCUGGCAUCUGCGGACAUCCUGGUGGCCACGCUGGUGAUCCCGUUUUCUCUCGCAAACGAGGUCAUGGGGUACUGGUACUUUGGAAGUACUUGGUGCGCCUUCUAUCUGGCCCUGGACGUGUUGUUCUGCACCUCAUCGAUCGUGCAUCUGUGCGCCAUCAGUCUGGACCGCUACUGGUCCGUCACAAAGGCUGUCAGUUACAACCUGAAGCGCACACCGAAGCGCAUCAAGUCCAUGAUUGCUGUAGUGUGGGUAAUAUCAGCGAUCAUCUCCUUCCCUCCUCUCCUCAUGACCAAACACGAUGAACGGGAGUGUCUGCUGAACGAUGAGACCUGGUACAUCCUGUCAUCCUGCCUGGUGUCUUUCUUCGCCCCUGGUCUCAUCAUGAUUCUGGUUUACUGUAAGAUUUAUAAAGUGGCCAAGCAGCGCUCUUCCACUGUGUUUGUGGCCAAGAACGGCCUGGAGAGGCAGCCGUCUCAGUCUGAGACCUGUUUCGUCAGGAAGGACAGGAUAGAGACAGAGAGCCCCAGUAGCCAAGGCUCGGAUAGUCACCAGCAAAGGCAAGGGGAGCUGGAUGACAUAGACCUGGAGGAGAGCUGCUGUCAGUCAGACACUAAACCCCGCAGUAAUCGAUUCUCUAAGCGGAGGAAGGUGGAGGGGUCGGACUGUUGCCCGCCCCAGAACUGUCGCCUCUCCUGGGCAUCAGCCCGGGCGUCACAGCUUUACCCGGAGCAGAAGAACCCAGCUGAACGACCACAGUUGGUCAACAAGACCAAAGUGGCUCAGAUGCGGGAGAAGCGUUUCACCUUUGUGCUGGCGGUAGUGAUGGGAGUGUUUGUGCUCUGCUGGUUCCCCUUCUUCUUCACGUACAGUCUGCGGGCUAUCUGCAGAGAAAACUGCUACAUCCCCGGGUCACUUUUCAACCUGUUCUUUUGGAUUGGCUACUGCAACAGUUCCGUGAACCCAAUCAUAUACACUAUUUUCAACAGGGAUUUCAGAAAAGCAUUCAAGAAAAUCGUAUGCAGAAUUUCCAAACGCACUUAAUAAGCACUGAAAGGCACACAAUCAUGUUUUUGCCUCUCUGACUGGACAGUUCUGGGAUGGAACUCAUUCCUCGUCUCUGAUCAGUUCCCUUCCCUGAAUCAUUUUAAUGUCCUGUAACUAUAAUCUUAUUGGGAACAAGUUCCAGUCUUGUGUACACAUUGAAUGUCCAUGAAUAAAGUGUAAAGUUGAGCAAAAA